CAUUCGUGCAAUGACGGUAGGGUGCUAGAUGACAUCAGUAUCAUUCACGUUCAUAUAAGAUCAUGAAGGAAUAAUUUCCUCAAAAACGCUGAGACAGUGUCACUCACACAUUGUGAAAAUUGCUGGAUCAACCAUUGUGAUAUCUUUCCAUUGUUUUCGACUCACUGGGGUCAGUAGUUCACUUGCCAGAUGGUGAAUAUAUAGAAGCAGUGCAGGACAGCGCAACACAUUCAGCUUGCGUAGUAGGGAGGUGCAGCGUUCAUAAAGAUGAAGGUUUUCAUUUUCCUCGUUUUGCUGGCAGUAACUACAUCUUUUGAUGCUGCCAUAAUUCAAGAGGCUGGAGGAAUUGAAGGAGAGAAGUUUGCGAAAGAUUUCAAGCCAGCUGUCUUGAAGAAAGCGGGAAAGAGCGUAGAAACACUCGGCAGGAUUCUCCAGGGUGACCUUUCAUUCAAAUCGGCUGAAGAAAGAGUCAGCGUCUUGGAUGCCCUUAAAUAUCUGACCAUGACCAGUGAGGCAGAGAAAGGCUCCGAAGAAUACUUUAUUAUGCUUAUUGUGAAAGCAAUCGCUAUCGGACUAGGUACUGGAUUACUGUCAGCUGGAGUAAAGCACGUCGUGCAAAAGAACCAGGCCAAGCGAGAAGGUUAAUAAAGUUAAUAUGAAAACCUCAUUA